ACAAUAGUGAAUGGCACUGGUUGUCCGUAGGGGACAGAAUUUAAAAAGCCCGAAACUUUGGAAAUAUGCUGCUGUAAGAGCUUGGCGUCGACUUGAGCUGGCUAAACUAAACAGUCCGUAAGGCAUCAAAACAGGCUCGCGCGCAAAGAUUGCUCCCUUGAUUCGAGAGACAUGCCAAGAUGCCUGUUCUUUGUUGGUUUUGGCUCUGCCCAACACCAUCAUCCAAGCCUCAUGUGAUAUGGUGAUAUCAUAGUCAAAAAUGAGAGUUCACAAGCCAGUCGAAGCUGUAAGGGGACGUGUGGAGCUUCUUACAAGCCCAAUAGUCCGCAGAGUGGAGCUGGAGCGUGGGAGAGCUGGAUAUGGAUUCACCAUAGCUGGGCAGGCUCCCUGUCUCUUGAGUGGAAUUAUGAAAGGAAGCCCAUCCUGUACUGUUGGUUUGAGUCCCGGUGACUACAUUUUGGGUGUGAAUGGCAGAGACGUGUCUGAAGCCUCAUAUGAAACAGUAGUGGAGCUCAUUGGUUCAUCAUCACAAUCUCUUUGUUUGCUUGUCAUGUCAGGUGACAGACAGGCACUAGACUCCAGCUCGAGUGACGAGGAACUGACCUUUCAGAGAAAGCAGAAAGCAACUUGGCUAAAUCCUGGGAAGAUGGAAUCUAAUAUUAGUCAACGCUAUGAGAAAGAUAUGCUGCUGAUGCAGUCAGUGGGGAGUUUUGAUACCAUUUUUGAAAUUUCAGGUCAGGCUUCUACUAGUACACAAUCAAACAAGCAGAGACCUCUGUCUGAACCAGAUAUGUCCUAUUGGGCUCAUCAGGGUCACUACAAAUGUCACACACAUCUCUUUGGUCAGGAGGAACCAUCUCAUGUUGUGAGCAAAGAUUCGGUUUUUUCCGAACUUCAGAGUCAGUAUGAUAUUUUACCUGACUCCAGUACCCUGAAUGUAGGGAUGGUGGUAGGAUACAUAAGCUCCGUGGACCUGGAUCUGGUGAUGUCACACUCAGAAGAGGACACCUUACGAGCCAUCCGUGGCUGUAUCAGUCAGAUUGGGAUCGAGCAGAAGACCCACUCUCUGGUGAUGAUGAGGAUCAAGUGCAAUUGUGUGCAGCUUUGUGAUAACAAAGGCAUGGUUUUGGCAGCAUACCCUGCAGAGAACCUGGCCUUGUGUGUAGUAUGCACUGAAGACAAUAGGUUCUUUUGUCUAGUGUCAAUGGAGCAGACCAAGGCUGACAAAAUCAAAUCAGAGGAAAGCAAUUGUCUAAGGACAUUGUGCCAUGUGUUCUUUGUAGACCCAGAACUCUGUGACCACAAGGAGCACAAAAGCAUCACAGAUCAAUUUGGCUUCUUGUGCACGCCUGACCCUGAUACCCAGGGUUGCUUGGAGUUUCCUCGCACCCCAUUCUCAAUUUUACACUUUGUGUCAGUCCUCUACACUGACUUGGGAGACUACAUAGAGAAACUGAGACUUAAACUAGACAGUGAGGAUUCUGAUGAAGGGCAGUCAUGCACACGAAACAGUGGCAGUGGUGACAGUGGGAUUGGAAAUGUGUCUCCAGAGGAUCAUGAGAACCUUGGCGACCAGUGGAGUCUCAAAUCUCCAAACUCUUCCUAUCAUCUUUGGGGUAAAACUUCUUUAUGCAUUUCCCAGCAAAAGAAUAGAAUGACUCUGAAACCAGAACGUAGGUGCCUCCUCUCUGAGCCAUUCCCAGGCCCUACCAUAACUGCAAUCCCACAAGCAGCUGAUCGCAUCAGACCAGAGGUUGCAGGUUGUGAGCCUCUACAUCCUCUUCCCCUGGUUAAACAAUCAGAUUUGUCUGACAAUACAUCCAAACGCAGUGGCAAUCAGCGCUGGCCCUCGGUUGGCAUCAGGACACGGUGGCAGAAACCUCGCCCUAAUAGUAUUGAAAGUCUGGCAGAUGGUGACACUAAUGUUCCCAAAGUUAAAAGCAGAACUUUACCACCUGCCAUGAAUCAAAUCCCUACAAUGAGAUACAGAAAAGCAGGUGACCUGACAUAUCAACAAAGACCUCACCUCGAUUUCACUUGGAAACUUUUCAACAGUGGAUCCAAAAACAAGGAUGGAGAAAAUAAGGGUUCUGGAUUUUGGGAUCUCACUAGAGUACGCUCUUCUGUUCGGACUCGGACCAAGCGACUCAGUCUUGCUCGUUCACUGGAUGACCUUGAGGCAGUGGCAUCGGAUGGUGGUGGCAUGAAGAGGACUGACUGUGGAAGCUUUAACAGUUUACAGAGUAACGGCAGCCUGUCCUGCCUCACCAACCAUCAGUGCCCCCCGGAUCGCCGUGUGGCAUCAUGGUCCAUCAGCUUCGAGCGGCUGCUGCAGGACCCAAUGGGGGUGCGCUAUUUCUCUGAGUUCCUGAAAAAGGAGUUCAGUGAGGAAAACAUCAUGUUUUGGCAGGCUUGCGAAUUUUUCAGUCAGGUUCCUGAACAUGAUAAGAAGCAGCUCUCUCAGAAGGCCAGAGAGAUAUACAACAACUUCCUGUCCAGUAAAGCCACUACCCCAGUGAACAUUGACAGCCAGGCUCAGCUGGCAGAUGACGUUCUCACGGCACCGCGGCCCGACAUGUUCAAGCAGCCGCAGCUCCAGAUUUUUAACCUGAUGAAGUUUGACAGUUACGCUCGGUUCCUGAAGUCCUCCCUGUAUCAGGAGUGCAUGCUGGCUGAGGUGGAGGGACGACCACUCCCUGACCCCUACCAGGUGCCCUGUAGCCCCGCCCCCUCCAGGCACAGUUAUAACUCGGAUCGCUCCACCUUCACCACACCAAAAAAGGAAACUCGAAAGCCUAGGACAGGCAAGUCAAGCGAAGACCUCAGAGAUGACCAUGAUAGGAAAGCUGGCCUCUUCUCCUGGUACAGAAACAGGAGCUUUGGCAAAGGACCAAGGAAAAGAGAAAUCACAGAUUUAAAUUAUGACGGUAAUGGGCGGAGGGAGUCUCAAGGCUCUCUGUCCUCUGGUGCCAGUCAGGAGCUCAAUGUGCCUUGUUCCACAGUUAGGAAUGAGAGCUCAGAGCGGGUGAACAGGUCGUGCACAGUGGCGCUCCCCGAUGGCUCCACCUGCUGCUUGCCCCUACGGCACAGCGCCUCCAUCAGGCAGGUGCUGCUGGAGCUCUGCCAGCAGCAGCACAUCAACCUCGCCGCCGUCGACCUCUUCCUCACCGGAGGAGAAAAGCCACUGGUGUUGGACCAGGACAGCAUGACCCUCAGCUGCAGAGACGUUCGACUGGAGAAACGCACUUUGUUCAGGCUAGACCUGGUGCCCAUUAACAGAUCAGUGGGCUUGAAGGCCAAGCCAACCAAACCUGUUGCCGAGGUUCUGCGCCCUGUGGUUGCUAAGUACGACCUCCGCCUUAGCGACCUGGUAGCCAGAAUAAGCGGAGAGACAGAAGCUCUUGAUCUGGGACUGCCUAUUUCAAACCUUGAUGGCCUGCGAGUUGUCCUGGAGAGAGCUGACCCAAGCUCUUCCAAAGAAAAAUCUAAAACAAUCUCCCCCAAAGGUAGAGGUCCUUUACCAGUGAGUAAGGGUCAGUCAACACUGGAGGCUCGCAAGUCACCUGGGAAAUCUGUGAAAGGAGAUGGCAGAGUCAAGCACCCCAUCCCAGAACCAUCACACCCAAAUAAGAUUCGUUUGGAAGAAGCUGAAGAGUUCUUCGAGCUGCUGAGCCGUGCCCAGAGCAGCCGUGCUGAUGAUCAGAGAGGCUUACUUAGGAAAGAGGACCUGGUGUUGCCUGACUUUCUGCGCCUAGACCCUGUAUCUGCUGCACCUCCAAUCUGCUCCACGCCCACCUCCCAGAAGCUUGGCCACAGCGCCACCCACCCCCAGCCCAUCACCUCUAAUGGGCAGCCCCAUGGACCCCACUCUAAGACUGCUUCCUUUGUCUCUCCUUUGUCCCCCAUCCUCCCUCCGGUUGGCCUUAAAGGAGAGGAUGGGGAAGGCAUGUGUGACCUCACCCUGGUGGGGGAGGGAGAUAUCUCCAGCCCUAAUUCUACCCUUCUGCCCCCUGUGCCAAGCUCCCCAAGCCAUGAGGGCAGUCUGCCCGAGACCGCCUUCACCCCAGCAGCGCCGUGUGCUCACAGCCAGCGCAGCUCAGGUGCGAAGGAUGGAGGGGACGUUUGUACUCCCACCAGCCACCAUCAGGGGGUGGCAUGUUCAUGCUCGCCACCCCAAGAAGGCUCAGUGCCUCUGGACAAAAAGCUUGGCGUCGAUGGCGUUACUCUGGAGGACAGCUUUGAGGGCUACGCAGCCGAGCUUCGUCAGUGCCAGAGCAAGAUGAGAAAUGGUGCUCACCCUUCUUUCAACCCCACACGGCCCCUCAGCACAUUGGCAGACGUCAACAAAAACAACACUGUUCAGUACAAAGCCACAUUUGUAUGAAUGAUGCAACCUGAGUUUUAUUUGUUUGUUGUUGUUGUUUUUUUGUUUUUUUUUGAGAAACCUGUGCACAAAUGGAAAUGGUGUACAAAUGUAUUUUCUAAUUAGACUAUAACUUAUUCAAUGAUAAAACAAAAGGGUUGUUUUUACAUUAUAGAUAUGAAAAUAAUAAAUGCCUUUUUAGGGAAGGGCUGGUGGAUCAGGUAGGCUACACCACUUAUUAAUUACAACUAGUGGGUCAAUUUAUGACUGCUGCAACCAGUUUUAAUUUGUAUCCAAAUGAAUGUGUUAAUAGCUGGAAAAUAGUAAUUAAAAUUGAUCAUUUUCAACAA